GGAGUGAUCCAUCUCCAUCACAUACAUCAUCUUUGAGGAACGCGCGGUCACGUGACCAGAAGUGCUUCCCGUUUCUUUUGUGUCCUACUUCCAUGUUUUUGGCCUCCAGCAGCAGCAGCGACAUGAGUUGAAGUGGAGUGCUGCUGAAAAUCGUCAGGUUAAAAGUGUUUUAGGGGCUGCUGAUCCGGAACAAGAUGACGAACUGUGUGGCUUUCCAAAGCCAGCUGACGUCGAUCAUGGAGAUGUUAGCUAAAGCGGCGGUGCUGGAGAUCAGCCGGCUGUGGGAGGACGGCUUCGCCCGGCUGCAGGUGGAGCUGCGCCGCAAAGACAGCGAGAUCGAGAGCCUGAACAGAAAGUUAGUUUUACUGGAAAACGAGCGGCUCGCAGCCCGAUGUCAAACUACAAAUCUGUUAUCGUCCUCAUCCUCUUCUUCUGCGACCAGGAGAGAGCAGCCCAAUCGUCUACCGCCAUCUACAGGCGAAGGUGUCGUCAUUGAUCCGGGUCAGGUGGCAUCUUCUGAACAGAGCAUCAGGGAGAAGGUGGAUGCCCCACUGAAUCAGAGAGCAUCACUACCAGUGCCCCCACAGGCAGAAGAGACGCCGCCUGAGCAGCUCACGCCUGGACAACGCGACAGUGACGCCCGAGACGACGAAGAGUUCAUGGUCAAGCUGGAGGACGAGGAUGACGUACAGAUUGUGGAGCAGAUGGUGGAUUCAGAACAUGGUCUGAACGACGGCACGGCUCACAGCGACAGGGACCGGAACCAACAACCUGCUGAAAGCAUGGAGGAGCCCGACAGCCAGCAAUGGUCGUCUGUUUCAGUGGGAGACAGCGACACGGCCGAGGACUCUGACUGCGUUUUCGAACCGAAGCAGCUGUCACAAAACCUGGACUCAGAAAUCCUGCUGAUUCAAAAUGCUUUGGACAUCCUUGAUCAUUCAGCAGACACGGCGUACACAGACAUGUUCACGAGGGAUAACGCAACCACGCCCGGUGCGUUGGCUAAAUCCAAGCCUCCUGUGACUUUCUGUCAAGGUCAGCCAAGUCAGCUAACCAAUCACCGGGAAGGAGGCGGGUCAGUCAGAUUCCUCUCAGAGAAAGUGCCACCAGCUAAAGGGGCGCCCGCGUUUAACCCGGACAACAGGUUCUUUCUCUUAAAUGACUCAGAGUUAAAUAAAACCAUUGCCACUCGCCGCAUCAAGGAGAAAUGGUUCAUCUGCCCGUUCUGUGGGAAAAGCUUUGAUCGUGUCAGCCAUUUGGAGAUACAUCAGCGGAUUCACACAGGCGAGAAACCGUACACGUGUGAUACGUGCGGGAAGUGUUUUUCUCAGAGAAGCAACCUUCGUACCCACCAGCGGACUCACAAAGAGGUGCUCCCUCAGAACUCUGUUUGAUUAGAAUUUGUGGAACUAUAGUUAGUUCCGUGGUUUGUAUAUUGGUUGUUUUUUUUUCUUGCCUUCCACAGUAUGUUGGAGAUGGAAGCAAAUAAUCACGAUGGGCUAAAAGUUCAGACUUUCAGCUUUAAUUUGAAGGAACGUGUUGGGUGAACUGUGUAGGAGUUACAUCAGUUCUUAAAGCAGCAUAACAAAAAUCAGUGGACAAAUCAACAUACAUAAAAUGCAAUUUCUAAUAGUUGCACGUCCUGCGUCCUUCAAAAUGAAGUAUUGGGUAUUUCCCAGAGUGUAAGCUUCAUCUUUUUUCCUUUUUCCUGCUUGUAUGUAGAACUCACUUUUUACACAGCCUUUUCUGGUGGGCGAGUUUAACUUGGUGUAACACAUGUGCACACCACAGCCUGUGCUGUUACUUAUAAGGCCUUUUGAAAUUCAAAAAUAAGAUAGUAAACGUGUGAUUACCAACAUACUGGAUAUUAUUUGAUGCAGAUUGUGCAAAAUAGGUCAGAUUGACAUGGGUUGUUGGCCAAAAUCAACAUGUAGUGAACACUGGAUUUAUGCAGAAAGCCCUCAGCUUGUGGCAUGUACCAUAAGGACUGCUAAAUUCCAAAAAUAAACAAGGUGAACAAAUAAACGUGAUAGACAAUAUACUGGAUGUUAAUUGAUGCAGUUUGGAUUAAAUUGUCAUAUGCACACAGAUUGCUGGUCCACAGCGUUGGGAACGAUAUAAUAAAAACCUGCUUCUAUUAGAUUUUUUUUCCCCACAAAUCCACUCUUUAAUUUGUGUGUGUGUGUGUGUGUGUGUGUGUGCGCGCGCGCAUUGUUCUAGUGUUCUUUUAUUAUUGGCAUUUAUAAAGAGUUCAUUUUGUUUAGUGCUUUGUUUCCUGGGAAAACCCUAUUUCUUAUUAAUGAAUGUGUGAUUUUUGAGUGUGUAAGUCACACUGCUGGUGACUGUUCAUGCCGACAUGAAAUGGCAGCACUUGCAAUAACCUCUAGAUAUUUUCUGUUUACUCACAAAUGAAGUGUGGAGUGCACUCGACUCAGCAAUCACGUGUCCCGUUACUUUUGGUCCACUGCAAACAGGGAAUCGUGCACAAAAAGUGCUGCAGUGUUUUCACCCGUCACCCAGUUUGGGUCAAUGUUCCUCCAAAUUAAAGCUGAAACUCUCCACUUACAUUAAAUACACAGUUGUGUGCAAACGUCCGGGCGUCCCUGUGCAAAUUACACAUUUAUUAGUAUGAAAUUAAAUCAGCCUUUAUGUUUUAAAAAGUGUUUAAUCUCAGUAAAAAAAAAAAAACUCCAGUGUGAUCUAAAAUAAAAAAUACCAAACUAAAUAAUGAGUUUCACAUUCACCUGUUCACAAUAAACCAUCACCUUUCCUGGUGGCUGAGGUUUGGACCAGAACACAUUCUUUUAAAAUCCACUAAGAAUGGGAACACGGCCCAUCGUCUUCGUCGAUCAUGGGGAGACGUUUUCAGUUUAGUUCCCAGACAAAAUGCUGUGAAUGAGAUAAUU